GUGACGUCACCCCGGCAAGCCGACGCUGUCAGGAUCGCUGUGAGGAGGAGGAGGAGGAGGAGAGAACACUUGUUGCCGAUCGGGCACAAGAAGAAUAACUAAGAGAAGUUUCCCGGGAGAAAAGAACAAAAAAAACAAAAAAAAAACACGCGUGGGAUUAAGCGUCUCUCACGUGGCGCGAGCACGUGCACUUUCACUUUUACUCUUCAACCUUGGCGGCAAGAUCCCCACCUUUCCCUCUGGAUCAGCAAAGAGAAAAAGUGGCAGGACCCGUCUUCGGCGGAGGAUGCGUUAGACCACCGUCGGGAUCGUCGUCAUCGCCCGAGUCCAAUGGUCGACUGCCUUCAGAUGGUGUCGCCUGCCCGGCUGGACACAGAGCCGGCGCCGCUGCUUCAGCUCCAGGAGGUGGACUCCAGCAAGAGCUCCCCGGGACUGCUGACCUCCAUCUACAGCCCGCCGCUGGGCAUGGACGGCCACACGCUGUGCAUCAGUUCACCCUACACGGACGGUAACCAAGACUACGCACACGGACCUUUGCCCUUCUACAACCCGUACGGCUACGCCCGGCCGACCAUCAGCGACAGUCCGUCCUCAAUGUGCCCGUCACUUAGUCCCUCCGCCUUCUGGUCCUCGCACGGACAUAACGAGUCCUCGCUGGGCCUUCGCUGUCCUCCGCCUCUGGUCUACAAGGACGCUAGCCCGCACUGGAUGGACGCUAAAGGACUCAACCACAGCAGCUGUCCCAAACUGGCGGGGAAGCGUUCCGAGGACGGCGGCGGCGGCGGCAAGUCGGACACUCACUUCUGUGCCGUGUGCCACGACUACGCCUCAGGCUACCACUACGGGGUGUGGUCAUGCGAGGGCUGCAAAGCCUUCUUUAAGAGGAGCAUCCAAGGCCACAAUGACUACAUCUGUCCCGCCACCAACCAGUGCACCAUCGACAAGAACCGCCGCAAAAGCUGCCAAGCCUGCCGCCUGCGAAAGUGCUACGAAGUCGGCAUGAUGAAGUGUGGAGUGAGGCGGGAGCGCUGCAGCUACCGUGGGGCCCGCCACCACCGCCGAGGGUCCCUCCAGUCCCAGGGCCUGGACAGGGUGGGCCUGGCACCCCGGGUCCCGCGGCAUCUCCACCUGCAGGCGCCGCUGGCGCAGGCCGAGCGGGCGCCGCGGUCCAGCAUGAGCCCGGAGGAGUUCAUCUCCCGCAUCAUGGAGGCGGAGCCGCCCGUCAUCUACCUGAUGGAGGACAUGAAGAAGCCCUUCACCGAGGCCAGCAUGAUGAUGUCGCUCACCAACCUGGCCGACAAGGAGCUGGUCCUCAUGAUCAGCUGGGCCAAGAAGAUCCCAGGCUUUAUGGAGCUGAGUCUGUCAGACCAGAUCCACUUGCUCAAGUGCUGCUGGCUGGAGGUCCUCAUGCUGGGCCUGAUGUGGAGGUCCGUGGACCAUCCUGGAAAACUCAUCUUCUCCCCAGACUUCAAACUUAACAGGGAGGAGGGCCAGUGCGUGGAAGGCAUCAUGGAGAUCUUUGACAUGCUGCUGGCUGCCACCUCGCGCUUCAGGGAACUCAAACUGCAGCGGGAAGAGUACGUCUGCCUCAAGGCCAUGAUACUGCUCAACUCCAAUCUGUGCACGAGUACCCCGCAGACGUCGGAGGAGCUGGCGAGCAGGAAGAAGCUCCUGGGUCUCCUGGACUCGGUGAUCGACGCCCUGGUGUGGUCCAUCUCCAAGAUGGGACUGAGCAGCCAGCAGCAGACGCUGCGCCUGGGACAUCUCACCAUGCUGCUGUCGCACAUACGACACGUCAGCAACAAGGGGAUGGACCACCUGUCCAGCAUGAAGCGGAAGAACGUGGUGCUGGUCUACGACCUCCUCUUAGAGAUGUUGGACGCCAACACGUCCGGCGGCGACGCCCAGGUCGCCUCGCCGCCCUCGGACUGCUACCUGGACCGCCGAGCCCCGCCCCGCCUGCCGGCGCCUGCCGCGGCCGAGGGGGUCGUCGACGUCACGGCGGCCGGCGCCCACAGAGUGGUCCUCGCCCACGGCUUUUCCUGGUCUUUGGACUCGGGGGACGCCGCCUCGUCUUCGGCGGACACGACGGACUUCGGGAUUCCCGGCGUGGUCUAGACGGCCGACCGACCUGCAGCGAAUACGUUUUGUCGCCGUCGUUACGUUUUUGCUUCGUACGCGUCGUCGCGCCGGCAGGUUGCCAUGACGACAGUGGCUAGCACGGGUGAGCCCGACCCCCUUUUCCCGCCUUUUCUGCUCCGGUUUAAGGAUUGUUACAUCACGCGUGUUUGAAGUCAUUUUGUUCCUACUUUGUACAUUUACAAUCAUUUUUUAAAAUCCGGAUAAAAAGUUGCUUCGCCGAACAAUUACAUUCAAAUUAGCAUUAGCAAGACUUCCAUCGUGACUCAAUAUUUUUUUUAAAUAGGUCCUAAAUGUAUGAAUUUUGUAUGAAAUGUUUCUACAUUUUUGCACCAAACAGCACUUUUAAUAGGACUUUUUUUUUUUUUUUUUUUUUACCCUGAGCUGCAGCGAAGCGCUCAGCGUUGGAUGCUAACAAAGUUAGCAUGCUGGGUUUUUUUUCCACUGUAAAACGUCAAAAAGUGUGAAAAAAAGGUAACCGCGUUAAUGUUUUCCUCGAAAUGAGAAAGAAAAAUUCAGUUGCAUACUUGCCAACCUUGAGACCUCCAAAUUUGCAAGUUAGUGCUGCAAGGGGUUCGAGGUAUUUGUCCUGUUGUGUUGCAAUGCAGAUGUUUUCCCGAAAUGUGUUUGUCAUUCUUGUUUGGUGUGGGUUCGCGAUGUGCCGCAUAUUAUUUUUUUUUUUACCCUGAGCUGCAGCAAAGCGCUUAGCUUAGCAUGAUGUUUUUUUCCACUGUAAAACAUCAAAAAUGUGAAGAAGAAAAUGUGACCGCGCUAAAGUUCUUUGAAAUGAGAAUAAAAAAUUCAGUUUCUCUUGCAAGUGAGGGUUCUACUGCAUACUUGCCAACCUUGAGCCCUCCGAAUUUGGGAGAGUUAGUGCUGCAAGGGAUUCUAGGUAUUUGUCCUGUUGUGUUUGUAUUGUGUUAGGGUGCGGAUGUUCUCCCGAAAUGUGUUCCGUCGUUCUUGUUUGGUGUGGGUUCACAGUGUGGCACAUAUUUUUUUUUACCCUGACCUGCAGCAAAGCGUUCAGCGUUAGAUGCUAAAAAAGUUAGCAUGCUGUUUUUUUUCCACUGUAAAACAUCAAAAAUGUGAAGAAGAAAAUGUGACCGCGCUAAAGUUCUUUGAAAUGAGAAUAAAAAAUUCAGUUUCUCUUGCAAGUGAGGGUUCUACUGCAUACUUGCCAACCUUGAGCCCUCCGAAUUUGGGAGAGUUAGUGCUGCAAGGGGUUCUAGGUAUUUGUCCUGUGGUGUUUAUGUUGUGUUACGGCGCGGAUGUUCUCCCGAAAUGUGUUUUGUCGUUCUUGUUUGGUGUGGGUUCACAGUGUGGCGCAUAUUUUUAAAUUUUACCCUGAGCCACAGCGAAGCGUUUAGCAUUGGAUGCUAACACAGUUUGCAUGCUGUUUUUUUUCACUGUAAAACUUAAAAAAUGGGGGGGGAAAAAAAUGUGACCGCGCUAACGUUCUUCGAAAUGAGAUGAAUAAUUCAGUUUCUCUUGCAAGUGAGGCUUCUACUUCAUACUUGCCAACCUUGAGACCUCUGAAUUCAGAAGAGUUAGUGCUGCAAUGGGGUCUGGGUUUUUGUCCUGUUGUGUUUGUGUUGUGUUACGGUGCGGAUGUUCUACCGAAAUGUGUUUUGUCGUUCAUGUUUGGUGUGGGUUCCCAGUGUGGCGCAUAUUUUUUUUUUUACCCUGCGCUGCAGCAAAGCGCUUAGCCUUGGAUGCUAACAAAGUUAGCAUGCUCAAAAAAUGUGACCGCGUUAAUGUUUUCCUCGAAAUGAGAAGAAAAAUUCAGUUUCUCUUGCAAGUGAGGCUUCUACUGCAUACUUGCCAACCUUGAGACCUCAAGUUUAAUUUGGGAGAUUGGGGGCGGUGAUGAGGUGGGCGGGGUUUGGUGGUAUACACACUUACACACACACUACGUGUGGUGAAAUUUGUCCCCUACAUUUGACCCAUCACCUGGGAGGUGAGAGGAGCAGUGAGCAGCAGCGGUGGCCACGCCCGGGAAUAAUUUUUGGUGAUUUACCCCCAACUCCAACCCCUUGAUGCUCAGUGCCAAGCAGGGGGGGUAACGGCUCUCAUUUUUAUAGUCUUUGAUAUGACUCGGCCCAGGGAUUGAACUCACGACGGACACUAUAUCCACUAGGCCACUGGUAGUUAGUGCUGCAAGGGUUUUUCCGGGUAUUUGUCCUGUUGCGUUUAUGUUGCGUUAACGGUGUGGAUGUUCUCCCGAAAUGUGUUUGGUCGUUCUUGUUUGGUGUGGGUUCACAGUGUGACCCCUAUGCCUGUUGACCAAGUAUGCACUGCAUUCACUUGUAUGUAUAUAAGUAUAUUAUACAUUAAGUGACUGCGCCGGCACACUGUUAGUAUGGAGGAUUAGUGACGACAGGUAGUAAACAACGCUAAAGGCAGUUCUCUUAAGCCACGCCCCCGAUAUUGUCGUCCGGGUGGAAUUCGGAAGAAUGGUUGCCCCGGGAGAUUUUGGGGAGGGGCACUGAAAUUUGGGAGUCUCCCGGGAAAAUUGGGAGGGUUGGCAAGUAUGCUCUACUGUCAGUUUCUUGCGCUCUUUUUGACGUUUUUGAGCCGUGCGGCGUCGUCCAAAGGCGAGCCGCGUUGUUGUUGUUGUUGUUUGGCGUGCCGCAGUCGAGCACGCGCACACACAUCCUCCGUGUUUAUUGUCAACAUCGCUACAUGUUGUGUUCAAAUGUGACAAAUAAAUGCCAACCUUUCACA